AAACUCGUGACCAAAACCAUCAUAUCCUAUCAUAUUUCUCAUCUGUUGUGUCUCUAUUUUAUUCCCCUGAUCCCAUCCCUCAUUUCCCAAAUUAAAUUACUUCCUCGUUUUUAAUUUGUGAUACCCUUUUUUUUCUUGAUCAUCAAAAGAAUUCCCAUUCAAGGGUUGCCCUUCUUGCUGCAAGCUUAUGAUCAUAGCAUGAACCAUAAAAGAAAUUAAGAAGGUUUCGAAUUCGAAGAAUUCUUCGACGCCAGCCAACUCGCUUGACGUGUUAGCGAGUCAAGCAGGCGUAGGGUUCUGCUAUUUGCAUCCACAAAUUCAUCAACUACUGAAUAGUGCUAUUAAUCGUUGAAUUAAGUAAGUUUUUUUUUUUUGUUCAUAUUUAAGCAUUCAUAAAACUUCAUUUCUUGAUGAUUACACACAUCCAAAAUUCUCACGAAAAUUAUAAUAAUUAUGAUAUUCAUUAAAAUACAUUAAUACUGGCGAACACAGGCAAAGAUGGACAAAACAUUGAGGGGAGCGCAGUACACGAUGAGCGACGGGCACACGCUGGCGACGGAGGUAGUCAACGACGAGGAAUCCCACCUCUGCCUCUACAUCCUCCUCCAGGACAUGUUCAAAGUCGGGGACAUGGUCGUCGGCAUCGACAUCGAGUGGGGCUUCAAAUCCACCUCCUCCUCCUCUUCCGCUGCGGUCAGCAGGUCCGCCAGCCUCUCCGGUCGCACCAUUCCACUCGACUCCCAAACCCACCACCAACAACAGCAGCAACAACCACCACCUUCCGCUUCGCAGCCAGCGGAGCGGAAGGCCGUGGAGCAGCACGCAGCCCUGGUGACGCUCUGCACCAAGCUGGGCUGCGUGCUGAUACGGAUGAACCCAAAGCAGCUGCCCUCGCUGUCGCCGUCCCUGCGCAAGUUUCUCGCCAUCAAGGAGAUCCUCUUCGUCGGGGUCCACAUCAGGGAGGACCUGCACCGGAUGAAGAAGUUGUACGGCGUGAUCGUGAGGAACGCGGUGGAGCUGAGCGACCUGGCGGCGAAGAUGAACGACCACCCGAGGUUUCUAGGGAUGAGCGCCAGGGAGCUGUGCUCGAAGGUUUGUUCGAUCAAGUUGGAGCAGAAGCCGUUCGUGGUGCUGUGGUCCAACUGGUUCGACCCCACGCUGAGCAACGAGCAGCUCGAGUCGGCGACCACCGAUGCGUACGCGGCGUAUAAGACUGGGCGGAAGAUGUUGGAAGGCGGCAAUAGCAGCGUCAAGAGGUUGUUUUAUUGAUUGAUAGCUACAUUUUUCAUCUACGGGGGAAAAGGACCGUCAAAAGUAGGGAAACGGUACGGUUGUCAAAAUAGUUUUUGGCGACCAUUUGGUUGGUUUUUGUCGAGUUAUGUUCUAGUUUAAUUCAAAUUAUUAUUAGAAUAGCUGAUUUGGGGAGUUGGGUGACUUUGGAUAUAGAUUCAGUUUAGUUUAAAUGUUUGUAUAUAGGGUUUUUUUUUGUGUUUGUUUUAUUAUCGUUUGUUACUACUUUGUAAAAACAUAUCGGAGUUUAUACUGGAAAAAUUAAUUGUAGAGUAUUUU